AUUUGUUCGCCAUGGACACAGAUAUGACACCGAGAUUCUCCUCUAAAGACGAGGAGAUCGACUUCUGGAAAGCUCUCUCCCUCAAGUACAAGAAAGGCCUCCAGGAGGCCCAGGAGGAGCUGCUGGAGUUCCAGGAGGGGAGCAGGGAGCUGGAGGCUGAGCUGGAGGCGCAGCUGAGUCAGGCCGAGCACCGUCUGAAGGACCUGCAGUCGGAGAACCACAGAGGGAGGAACGAGGUGGAGUCGCUGAAGGAGCGGCUGGAGCAGCAGUACUCUCAGAGCUACCAGCAGAUCUCCGUGCUGGAGGACGACCUGGGACAAACACGCAGCAUCAAGGAGCAUCUCCACAAAUACGUGCGAGAGCUGGAGCAGUCCAACGAUGACCUGGAGAGGGCCAAGAGGGCGACCAUCGUGUCCCUGGAGACCUUCGAGCAGCGUCUGAACCAGGCCAUCGAGAGGAACGCCUUCCUGGAGAGCGAGCUGGACGAGAAGGAGUCUCUUCUGGAGUCCGUGCAGCGGUUGAAGGACGAAGCCAGAGAUUUGCGGCAGGAGCUGGCGGUGAGGGAGCGGCAGGUGGACGUGACCAGGAUGUCGGCUCCGAGCUCGCCCACACAGGACCAGGUGAAGACGGACGGGGCUGUGCCGGCCUCGCUGUCCCUCCCGGUCACCCCGCUGAGCAAAGGUCUGGACAACGCCUUCGCCAACUCCACAGCUCUAUCAAACUGUUACGACAGCCACUCUCCGCUGACUCCCUCUGCGAGGAUAUCAGCCCUGAACAUCGUCAGCGACCUGCUCCGGAAAGUCGGGGCGCUGGAGUCCAAACUCGCAGCUUGCAGAAACUUUGCAAAGGACCAAAAAGCCAGGAAGGCGUUCGCUCUGGACAACGACAACGUGCUCAACGCAAACACCGUCCACUACUCGCUGCACACGUCUUAUUACGACAACGCCAGGACCGUGAAUGGACUGGAACCCGGUCGCCUGACGGCCAUCACCGCCCCCCCCGCUGCCUCCUCUGCAGGCUUAGUGCCCCUCACCGUGUGA